ACACAAGACUUUAUUUCAAAAGCAAAAAAAAAAAAAAAAAACAUAAACAAUAAGAGAGAACAGCAGACACUUUCUUCUAUCUUAGUUGUACGGAUUCCAUUGACUUUAAACUACUAAGUCGUGACCUUUUUAUAAUAUGAACAAAAACUGUUUCCUUGACCUUCAUUCCACCAACCCAUUUGGCAACUUGUGUUCUUAUUUUAUCCUUCUUUUUAUGUUCCCAAAAAGUUCUUCUUAAACUUAUAAUCUCAUUUAGAAAAGGUCAAAAUUUAGAUUAUUAUAUAUAACAUCUAUAACAGUUCUUCACAUUAAGAUACUUGAGAAUGAGAUCCAUGUCUUCUCCAAUUGAAAAUUUCAGAGUUUCAGGACCUUCACACCUUACUACUGUUGACUGGCAAAACCCACAUCACAGAAGAGCCAUAGCAGCGAGCUUAGUAGAAGGAGCUUACAAAAUCGAAAGAGACAGACAAGAGAAUCGACAAGGGCCUCAAGCUGAAGCUCCACCAUACUGGGAAUUCUUCCAUUUCAGCUUAAACCAUGUUCUCAUCGAUAAUGUUGACCACUCCAUUUUUGGUGCCAUUUACGAAUACAAAUACCCAUUUCAAUUAAAUCCCCAAAAUGCCCCCAAAUACGUCGUCGCUUUACGCGGAACCUUAACCCAACCCGACACCAGAACCAGAGACCUCAAGCUCGAUUUCCAAUGCAUCUUCAACCGAAUCCACCAGAGUUCUCGAGUCCAGGAAGCCACGACCGCGAUUCAAAAUCUGGUUUCCGUUGCCGGGGCGGGAAACGUCUGGAUCGUCGGCCACUCGUUGGGAUCGGCGAUUGGAUUACUCGCUGGAAAGAAUAUGGCCAAGAUGGGUUUACCCAUCGAGACUUAUCUCUUUAAUCCGCCAUUUAUAUCAGCUCCGAUUGAGCGAAUCAAAGAGGAGCGAGUCCGACACGGGAUACGAAUCGCCGGGAGCGUGAUGAAGGCGGGUUUAAACGCCGUCGUUAAAGGACGGAAUAACAAUCACGGCGAGAGCGAACAGCAGGAUCGGGAUUUGUUUUCGUCGAUCGCGGCUUGGUUCCCGAAUCUGUUUGUGAAUCCGGCGGAUCACAUAUGCUCUGGGUAUAUUGGGUAUUUUGAGCACCGGAAGAAGAUGGAGGAGAUCGGAGCUAGUCGGAUCGGGAAAUUGGCGACCAAGAGUUCUGUGGAGAGUAUUUUGUCUGGUGCUAUCGGGAAGGAUUCUGAACCUUAUGAUCUACUCCCUUCGGCGAUUGUGAAUGUUAAUCUGACUCCGGCAUCGGAUUUUCGACGUGCUCAUGGGGUUGAACAAUGGUGGAACCCUAAUUUCCAUUAUCGUUCUUUAACGUACCAAUUCUCUCACUGAGCCGAUUUGAACAGAUUGAACACGCUGGCCCAGUGAUUAUUGCUGGACUUGGGCCCAAAUUAAUAUGGGCCUAAUGUUUAUGCUCUUACAAUUUGGGCAUGUUGAGUUUUAAAACAAUAAUUUAUGUUAUAAUUGUAAAUUUGAGCACAAUCACACUAAAAUGGAGCAAAAAGGAACAUGUUGAAUUAUAAUAUGCAUAAAAAUGAUUGAUAAAACAAUUAUUAUAUUUUUUUUAGUGAAUCGUUUUUGAUCAAUGUAUGAUAAGUUAAGUUCUA